GCGAAGAUGAUGCGCACCGCUGUUCUCCUGUUGGCCCUGGUGGCUGCCGCCGCCGCCCUCAGCAAGGUGACCCUGCACGGCAUGGAGCGCACCCGCGAUUCCCUCCGUCGUCAGGGCGCCAUGCUGACCACCAAGUACCAGAACAUCAUGGCCGGUACCAACGUGCCCCUGUCCAACUACGAGGACGCCCAGUACUUUGGUGAGAUCUCCAUCGGCACCCCCGCCCAAAAGUUCAAGGUCAUCUUCGACACUGGCAGCUCCAACCUCUGGGUCCCCUCGUCCCAGUGCCCCAAGACCAACAUUGCUUGCGACGUUCACGCCAAGUACGACUCGAGCGCCUCCUCCACCUACAAGGCCAACGGCACCAAGUUUGCCAUCCAGUACGGCACUGGCUCCCUCUCGGGCUUCCUCUCCACCGACACUGCCUGCAUUGGCGAUCUCUGCGUCAAGGACCAGACCUUUGCUGAGGCUCUUGAGGAGCCCGGUGUCACCUUUGUUGCUGCCAAGUUUGAUGGCAUCCUCGGCAUGGGCUUCUCCACCAUCUCCGUGGACCACGUCGUCCCCGUCUGGUACAACAUGGUUCAGCAGCAGGUCGUUGAGCAGAACAUGUACUCCUUCUACCUCAACCGCAACCCCAACGGUGUCUCCGGCGGUGAGCUCACCCUUGGCGGCUACGACGAGAGCCACUUUGCUGGCCCCAUCCACUGGACCGAUGUCACCGUUGAUGGCUACUGGCAAUUCACCAUGACCGGCCUCUCCAUUGAGAACACCCCCUACUGCACCAACUGCAAGGCCAUUGCCGACACUGGCACCUCCCUCCUGGCCGGCCCCACCGAUGUUGUCAAGCAGAUCAACAAGGCCAUUGGCGCCACCACCAUCGCCGCUGGCGAGGCCAUCGUUGACUGCAACAAGAUCCCCCAUAUGCCCAACGUCACCAUUGUCAUCAACGGCAUCCAGUACUCCCUCAGCGCUGAGCAAUACGUCCUCCAGGUCACCGCCGAAGGUGAGACCGAGUGCAUCUCUGGCUUUGCUGGCAUUGAUGUCCCCGCCCCCGAGGGUCCCCUCUGGAUCCUUGGCGACGUCUUCAUCGGCGCCUACACCACCGUCUUUGACAUGGGCAACAACCGCGUUGGCUUCGGUGCCUCCGCCUAAAUCUACUCUUUUGGUUGCAUCCCUUUAUUCCAAACGCAAUUUAUUCCCAUAAAAGCUG